UUUUAAUCCAAAUCUAUCAGGGCAAGUUUUUUUUAACACAUUUUCAUCAUACUCCAUAUCGCCCUAUGAAAAAAUUAUUUUAUCAUUUCAUUAAUUAAUACAGAUAUCAAUAAGACAGUGAAUUUCGAAAUUGGACUCAAUUCCCUGAAAGUGAAUUAUUGCCCUUGUAUCUGAGAUCAAUUAAUCUUUCAGCACCAAUUAUCAGACUGAAUCGUAGUAAUGCUUCUCGUAAGAGGCUAACAGACAAAUGAUACGAUGUACAAAAAACUGAUCAAUUCGUCUGAUCGUGCUAUUAUUAGAAAACCAAUAAAUUAUUUUUUAUUGUUUCUUUUUUAAAUAAUUUACGUACGUAUCGUCGAUGCUUGCUAAAAAAGUCUAUUUUGUUCGAUCAUUGAAGUCCAGGAUAAAAACAAACACGCAAAUAAUGAUUGACAAUAUUAUCCACUAGGAGGCAGCAUCAGUAACAGCCGGUAAAGUUACUCCAAUGUAAAUUGUCAAGACGUCUAAAUAGAUUUGUUGACAGUUGUCAGCAGUUUACGCCGUCAGCUCUGCUUUGCCAAUAAUCACAAACACGAGUUUUUAAUAGAGCUGAUGCCGUGUGAAAACGUAAAGUCACUCUAGGUCCCUCACGAACUCUGUUACGUCAUAAAAUGCAUGAACAUCCGUGGGUCUCGUGCAUCUACGCCGUUUUAGGAUCUAGUUCAUUGUAGAAUCUUCGUCAAUAUCCAGAGCGUCUAGAUUUAUCAUUAUAGGUUAACCCUUUUGAAUAAUUAACGAUCAACUUUGAACCCAAACUAGGGUUAAUGAUGAAUACCAAUAUUAAUUGUGUACGUUGUGACAGUGAUACCGAAAGGUGUUCUAGAUAAAAAUAAUAAUAUUUGCCGCAUACAAAAAUCAACGGUGACAGUGUGACUGGCGUCUGUGCAAUUCGACGUUACGGGAAGAUCCGUCGACUGGGCUGCAAGGAAAUGGGAGAUCUAGUAAACAGAGGAGCCUUGACUACCAAGAUAUCGAAGCCCGCCUCGAACGUAUCACGGUGUGAACGACACUUAAUUUAACGUGCGAGCAGUUCCUUCGAACUCGGCGUUCCGGACGCUCACAUUUGGUUUCGAAUUGGCGCGACGGGAACGUCUUCCGCGCCUUUUUCACAGAAUCGCUCAGUAGACGUUUAUGUUAUAAUCGAUAAAUAUUUUAAAUUAAUAAUUUCCAUAAACGUCGUGACGUGAAGUAUAAUUCGUGAUUAAUCGAUCUGUGAAACAUGGAUAAAAUAUAAAUGUUGACGAUGCCAUGACGACAGUGUUAAAUAAUUAAAAAAUUAAUCUACAGUGGGUCAAGUGCGAUGAUAAAACAAUGAUAAUAAUUUACUCGUGAAAGACAUUUAAAAAAAAAACGGUGUUAAUUCUUCAAUUACAAACGUGAAUCUCUUAAGUCUGCGCCUAAUGGACUCUUGUAAACCUGCGGUACGCAAGCUUCGUUCUCAAGAGCCAAAAAGAAUUAAUUUGACAGGGAACAGGACUGAUACUUUUCCCACGAAGUGACUUAAUGGUAACAAUAGAUAAGGAACUACAACGUACACGAAGUGACUCAAGGACACGACUGACUGACAGUACAGUUCUAAUAAAGAUUUUAAGUACUUCAAUUGAAGUCCCAGCAAUUCUCUUGAUUCAAUUGAGAGCAAAGUGCUGCCGUACAUUGAACAAGAUUGCGAGUAGAAAAUUUGAAAAAAAAAAACUGAAGACUCUUCGAUGCAAGCUGACAGAUCCGUCGGCACGAGUGACGACGUGAGACUUUGAUUAAAAAGUUGAAAACAAGUCUUAGAAGGAAAGACAUAAGGAAGCAAAAAGGAAAAAAUAAAAAAGUCCAGAGAAAUGUUACCCCUGGACAAAGUUCAUCAAGGAGAUCCACGAAUGAUAAGAGAAUUGAGAAAUUCGUAAAAGUGAAUGGCCAGCUAAUCCUCAUCGAUUAUUCAUGAGGAUUCGAUAGCCUCUCGUGAGAACAAUAAAGUCAAUUACUCAAGGAGUAUCCAAGACUUUCAAUAUGAUUGGACGCAUGAUAAACGAUAGCUUCGUACUGGAUACUACCAACGAGAUCAAGGACUACCAAUCGUUAACAAGAAAUAUCUCCCUAGCCUCAAGGGAGGGUUCGAAUAUUUUCACAGACUUCAAAUAUUCGAACUCGACUGAGGAAUUCUUGAACAGCGACGAUUCCACGCGCAGAGAUCCCCUGUACAUUGUUCUGCCAAUAACAAUAAUAUACAUUGCCAUUUUCUUUACUGGUGUCAUAGGGAACAUCUCCACGUGCGUGGUAAUAGCACGUAACAAGUCCAUGCACACUGCUACGAAUUAUUAUCUCUUCAGCUUGGCAAUAUCCGAUCUUCUUUUACUAAUAUCCGGCCUGCCACCGGAAAUGUAUUGCAUCUGGUCACAAUUUCCAUACGUCUUCGGCGAGGUCUUCUGCAUCAUACAAAGCUUUGCUGCUGAGACUUCAGCGAACGCCACGGUCCUCACCAUCACGGCAUUCACAGUAGAGAGAUAUGUCGCCAUUUGUCAUCCCUUCAUCUCGCAUACAAUGUCAAAGCUCUCCAGGGCUGUCAAGUUUGUCAUAGCAAUAUGGCUACUCGCCCUUGGCUUGGCUAUUCCACAAGCCAUUCAGUUUGGCAUCGUGCACAGUGAUGACAAUGGCACUGUCAUCGAAGACAGUGCUAGGUGCACUGUCAAGUGGGUACUGAUCCAGCAUGCCUUUGAAAUAUCUACGAUGCUCUUCUUCGUGGUGCCCAUGACCAUCAUCACGGUUCUCUACGUUCUGAUUGCCAUAAAGUUGAGGAGCUCAAGGUUGCUCACGGCUGUCAAGAGAACCUCCAUAUCCAACAGUCUAAAUCACGGUGACAGCUCCAGAGGAAAAGGUGCAGCUCAGCGAAACGUUAUACGAAUGCUUGUGGCUGUCGUCGUUGCAUUUUUCAUAUGCUGGGCACCCUUUCACGCGCAGAGAUUACUUGCUGUUUAUGCUCAGGGUAACUCAAGGAAGCCUCAUCCUGCACUGGUUAUCGUUUAUACGAUAGUCACAUAUGUUUCUGGGAUUCUUUACUACCUUUCGACUACAGUCAAUCCGCUGCUGUAUAAUAUAAUGUCGAAUAAAUUUCGAGAAGCUUUCAAGUCGAUGCUGUCACAGAAUUGUCGGCGGAGAAGAUCUCCUCAGAAAACCAGUCCACGUCGACCAACCUAUAGUGCACUUUCUCAUUAUCCGAAACAUACAAAUCAUCCUAGAAAUCAUCGACCCUCGGCGUCGAUUUCGAUCAGCGACGAGACGCAACGAUUGGCUGCGGCAAAUAACGUGCAAAACUGUAACGAGGUUGUGACCUGCGACACAGCACCAAAACAGACGGAGCUCGUGCAGCCUGAACACGAGUACCAACCUGGUAAGACAAACAAAAUGACGGAUGGCAAGGAAAUGAGUCUUCGCGAGAUUAAUAAAGGCAGGUCUCGGGGUUCUUCGUAUUCAAGUUGUGUAACUACGCUUACGCCGGUGAGUAACAGCAUCAGCGAGGGAAACAACAAUACGAAUAGCCACCUAGCGGCAAAUUGUGCAAACGACUGCCGCCCGAAGCUGCCGAGACAACAGAAAACUGUUACUUUGGGAAUAUUGGCGGAAAGACUGAGACUGGGUACCAAAAAUCUUUUUACGAGCAAUCAUCAAAAAUCAACGAAAUCCAUAGUAAGACCGGAAGUGGCUAGUGCACCGCCGAUAUUACAAAGUCAACCAAGUAUCGAUAGUGCUAAUACUAUAAGUAACUCAAGUCUACAGGAUCUGGAUGAGACGGAGUUCAGUGGAUUGGAAUUGGCCCGGUACAUGGGGCAGCUGAAUUUUGAUCUGAUUACCUGACGACCUGUGACACGCGGGGAAAAUGUGCCGGCACUGAGACGAUCGUCCCUGAAAAAUUGAAUUGGUCCUUACCAGGCGGCGAGCCAGGAUAAUUGUGGAUUUGGAACGAUGACGGAGAAGGAAAUUAUUUUGUAAAAUAAUUCAAUGACAAGGAAUGUGCUUCUGCCUUUGUCCGCUGGAGGCUUGUUGUACGAUGACUACGCCAUCGGAUGACCAUGACGUCAAUUUGAAAGGAGUAAAAUCCUUUUUUCUUGGAUUUCACUAUGAUCCACGACAGUUACUAGAUUAUUCUGGUCAUGUGCUUGUCACGAGAAAUAAUGUAUAUUUAGGAUACGAGGAACUUUUGCUCGCUUCGCGCUCUUUAUUUUCUUUUCAAAAGACUUUCCUUUACUUUCAUCUUCACGGAACUUCAACAUUAUUCGUGAAAUUCUUUUUAUUUACAUCACGAGUGACCUCAGUAAAAUUUUAAAAAAUCACGUAAAUACUCUAUUUUUAAUCAGAAAUUUACAUAUGUAAAAAUUCCUCAAUACAUAUAAAUCCAUAAACACGUUACCUUGAUUAAGGACACCCUGUAUACCCUAUUUUUUUACACAUUUCGAAUAUCGUUGUAAAAUGUUUGUCGCUGAAUUGUCCUUUUGAAAUAAAUAAUUCGUACGUGGCAACAA